UAAUUGAAGUAAAUGUAAUAUAAUGAUUGGGUUAUUAAAAAUGAGCUAUAAACAUUAAUGAAGUAUAUUUAAAAUCGAGAACUUAACGCAAAAAGGCGUCAAACAACCACAGCAAUGAGCAGCAACAAUGGCAACGAUCAUUCGCAACAGCAGCAGCAGCAGGCGACGCCUGCCACAUCAGUUGCAACACCAGCUGCAGCAGCAACAACCACUGCCCCUCCGGAGGCUAGUGCACCUGGAUCCGGAUCAGGAUCGGGAUCGGGAUCACAGGCAUCGCGACCUGCAACGGCGCCUGCACGCUCCAGCAGCAGCAGCAACAACAACAAUAUUGCCACCAGCAGCACCAGCUUUUACAGGGUCAACCUGAGCAACACGAACAGCAGCAGCAUCAACAACAACACCACCAGCUGCAGCAGCAGCAGCAACAACGCUAACCAAGCCAGCAACAACAAUCACCAUGAGAGCAGCAACAGCACAUUGGUGGUCAACACGAGCAGCACUGCAUCAGCUGGUAGCACGGCAGCAGGAGGAAGCACUACAGCUGGAGCAACUGCAUCAUCAACCGCCACCAACAACAACCACAUUUAUGUGAAUCCGCACAGCUACGACAGCAGCACCACCGGCAGCGUGAGUGGUUCCACGGCAGUUAUGCUGCCACUGCCACUGAGUCUCCCGCUUAACCUGCAACAUCAGCCAUCGGCAGCAGGAGCAGCAGCAGGAUCAGCAUCUCUCGACUCGCAACAGCAAAAUCCGCUGGGUGGCAGCAAUACGGGCGCCAUUAGUCGCAUUGGAACCAUGACCGGAACUGGCACGUCCACAUCCACAACCCUAAGCACCCUGAAUACAUAUCUCUUUCCCUGUGGCGCCGACUCGGCCAGCAGUUGCGAUCUGGACAGUAACUUCAGCCAGAUGCUGGGCGCCGGCAGUGAGGGUGGCGCGAGCAGUUCCCUCAGCCAGACGACAGCGCCGGCGGGUGCGGGUUUGGGAUUGGGCGUGCAGCUAGGGCUGGGCUUCAUCAACAGUCGGCGGCGCAUCAGGCGGCUAUUCGGUGUGGGAGACAUGGUGCCGCCGGUGGCAACGCCCACACCCUAUGCAGCCGCCCUCAGGCGGCGCAGUUCGCAGUUGGUGCAAAUGACCAAGAAGCGGGAGAAGGAACUAGAGGAUCUGGAGCAGCAGCAGAGAAUAGCAACGGUAGCCUCGGCCAAUGCCGCCUUCCUCGAGCGCCGCGAGCAGCAGCAGCAGCAGCAGCAGCAGCAGCAACAGCAGCAACAUCUGCAACAGACGCAGCAGCAGCAACAUCUGCAGUUCGCCUUCAAUCCAUUGCAACCUGAAGCUGGGAAAAAGAAGAAAAAGAAGCCACCUGGACCGCCGGCGCACACGAGACAGCAAUCAUCGCGAACCAUGGACGAUCCAAUGAUGAAUCGACCCAGGAAGAGCACACCUGCGGCCAGCAAGAAGAAGGACAACCCCUAUGAGAAGUACCCAUCACCAAAAAUCCAAAAGCACCCACCGCUCUUAAGCCUCACCUAUACGAAACAAAAAAUGAUAAAAAAAAAAACAAAUAUCAAAAUAUCUAUGAAAAUUAUGCGGCAAAACAAGUGCUUCUAUUACCAUUUGAUUUACGCCAUUUGCUGCAAUUCGUUUGAUUUUCUUGCUUGUAACGAUUUGAAUAAAACGAUUAAGAAUACCUGCAAAUACAUAGUAUUUUAA